AUGACAUCGCUUGAUUUCAACUUUGCCGAACCCAUCGCCUCGUAUGAGGACUCGCAUGAUGAUGACAUGGAUAUGAGUCCAGAAGAAGUUGGCUCUAUCAAAAAGUCAGAUUAUGUCGUGCUCAACGGACGUCCAGCGAAGGUGGUUGAAGCUACCCAUUCCGCCCCAGGAAAGCAUGGUCAUUCAAAGGUUCAUAUGGUCGCUAUCGACAUAUUCACAAGUCGUCGAUAUGAAGAUAUUAGUCCAUCGGAUCGUAUUAUUCAAGUACCCCAUAUUACGAAAAAGGAUUAUCUUAUCGUUCAAAUUGAUCGAGAUGGCUACAUAACCUUACUUGAUGAAGUAACAUGCAAAAUCCGUAGUGAUAUGAAAUUAAACAAGGAAUCGGAUGUUAUCCGUCGUCUGCUCGACAAACAUAAAAGCGGCAAUGGACAGAUAAAAGUUACUGUUCUCAAAGCACUUGGUGAAGAGCAGAUCAUCGCAUUCAAAGAUAUAGCUUAG